ACUAUCGCGUAAUCAAAAUGGCGUCAAGUUGAUUACUCUGCCCGGAGUUAUAGGUGCAACAUUCGGUGUUUAUGUUGAUGAGAUGAUUGGACCCAACGGAAUAUGUCAUGGUGGAGUUUUUACAUCAGAAAUGUGCCAUUUUGAAUGUGAAAGAAUCUGUUAGGAUUUUUAUGUGUGCUAUGAUGAGGGGGCUUUCCCUAAAAUGCAUGGAUAACUAAAUGACGUCACUUCGUCUGUAUCACUAUAACCCCUCUUCCUGGACGACAGCUGGUAGAAUGCCAAGUCUGACAGGACCGAGUCGAAAUGAUUACCCUGGGUACUCACCGAGCGGGAAAGGAUAUAGUACUACUUCCUCCACCCUGCCAAGGACAACCAGAGCGUCCAGCCUUCCCAGAAGUCCUGCUUAUAGUAGUACCAGGUCAAGACCUCCAAGUUAUACUGGACCAUCCUCUAGGCCGACAUCGCGGUCCAACAUCACAACAAAGGUGACAGCAUCAAGGGCGUUACCGGCUGGACCUGGGCCUUUGGAUUCAUCAGGAAAGAAGUUAAGCAACUUCAGUGUGAACGGAGGGCCUUCCUCUUCGACCCGUGAAUUUAAAACACGUUCAACUACUAGUUCCUCAAGUAUUGGUAGUAAUGGACCAAUCAAAGCUGACCAUAGCAGCACAUAUUCUAGUGGUUAUGUAACGUCAACGCUACCUAGAGGGGAGCGACCGCCCAGUGGGUUGAAAGGUAGGAGGUCAUCAAGUAUUGCAAGCCUCAGUGAGAAAACCUCAUCACUCCGACUCGAGGAUGACGACCAUAAUUUAUACACACCCAGGUCACGGAUAUCGGACAGACAACAAGAUUCAUCCUUGCCACGUACCUCAAAACGUGACCAGUAUGAAUUGGACAGAGAUAGUCGGGAAAAUAGAAGAACCAGUCGGACCAGUAGUGUUGAGCCCAAAGAGACAAGUAGUAGCACUUCAGACUUUUUCUCCAAGAAUUUUUCGUCUUCAAAUUCUAGACUUAGUAGUCCCUCUUAUGAAAAGGAGUCAAGUCUGCCGCCAUCAGGGCGGAAAUAUGAAAACGGAAUAGAUUUAGUGUCAAGAGCAGGACGCAGCACACCCAGCUCUUAUACCUCUACUGUGCAGGUUAAUAGCAGUCGAUUUGUAAAUGCAGGAAAGACAGGUCUCCGUAAUCUAGGAAAUACCUGUUUUAUGAACUCGGUCCUGCAGUGCCUUAGUAAUACCAAGCCUCUGAUUGAGUUCUGUCUGAACGAGGAGUUCAUGUCGGAGAAGAACACGACCACCAGCUCUAUGAAGGGUCAACUCAUGACAGCCUAUGCCAAUUUGAUGACCGCAAUGUGGAAAGAUAAUGAUGUCUCACAUACAUCGCCCAGUGCUUUCAAGAUGCAGGUCCAGAAAUUUGCUCCCAGGUUUACAGGCUAUGCACAACAAGACGCCCAGGAGUUCCUACGUUACCUGUUGGAGGGUCUACAUGAGGACGUCAAUAGAGUACGCACUAAACCCAAACCUGUCACAAUCAAGGACGAGGACUUCACCAAUGAUAGUGAGAAAGCAAGCGAAUACUACAGAGUUUAUUUGUCGUACGACAAUAGCAGGAUAGUGGAAAUAUUUGUUGGCCAGUUGAAAAGUGAAUUGAGAUUUAAAGAUUGUGGUCACAAAUCAACAACUUUUGAUCCGUUUUGGGAUUUGUCUGUGCCUAUACCAAAGAGAGGCUCCACUGUCAGUAUACAGCAGUGUAUCAACCUGUUUAUGAAGGAAGAGGAACUUGAUCAUGAUGAACGACCAACGUGUGAGCAGUGUAAGAAGAGGAAGGCCUGUACGAAGAGCUUCAGUAUACAGAGGUUCCCUCAGAUCCUCGUGUUACACUUGAAGCGUUUCAGUCAAGGCCGAUACAGUCAGAAGGUAUCAUCGUGUGUUGAUUUCCCAAGCACACUAGAUAUGUCAGACUUCGCCUCUGAAAAAGGAGCGUCAAGAGUGGUAUAUAAUUUGUACGCUAUCAGUAACCAUAUAGGAAGUGUGUACUCGGGCCAUUACACGGCCUACUGUAAACACCCCUACUCCGCAGAGUGGAACUCAUUUAAUGAUACCAGGUAAGUCACAUAAACCAGAUUCACAGGUAAGUCUGUGAUUUAUAGGAUAUAGGAAGUGUGUACUCAGGCCAUUACACGGCCUACUGUAAACACCCCUACUUCGCAGAGUGGAACUCAUUUAAUGAUACCAGGUUAGUCACAUC